AUGGCGGAGGGAGAAACCGUGCCCGGUGAAGAGGACUUCAUCGACCCCGAUGAGAUCGAGGCAAACCCGCCACCGGAGGCCGUCGACCUGAAGUUGCACUUUCAAUCUGGUGACCAAGCUGGGCUUUGGGCCGGUUUCGAUGAUCGAGGAGUUCCUCACCUCAAUGCCAAGGGGAAGAAGCUCACCAGAAAGGAGAAGGAGCUGGUGGAAACUGAGUACAUGGCAGCGAAGAAGAAAUGUCAGCAACAGCUGAAGGCCUGGGAUGACUGGGAACAUCAAGUGUCUCAAGCCGAAAGGGCGCUGGCCGGCAGAGAUCGCAUCCGCUGGGCAUAUCGGGCUGUGGGAAACAAGAUUGGAAACAAGCAUGAAAUCUUACAGCCCGAAGAUCUGAAGGGCUUUGCCAAGAAGAUGGGCUGGGACGCGCUGGGAAAGGAGGACCACGGCAGCUUUGAGAAGGCUGUGGUAACGGUCUUAGGUGAUGGCAGAGAGCAAGUGCACUUGGAAGAUAUACGGAGCUACAUCGCGGGCGAGAUGCCGCAACAUUUUCUCCAGCAUCGUAUGGACCACUUCUUCCGUAAGCGUGGAGUUGAGACUAUCCAUUCUCCUCGCACCUGGAGGCAGAAGCUAGAUCAGCUGGAGGAGUCCGAGCACAGCGACGCCCACGAGUCCGAGUCCAGUUCCAACUCCUGA